AUGAUAAAUGUGGGUAUUCAAAAGAGUAAACCAGAUGCCAAAGCAACAACAGAUGCAAACAAUGCUGGUACGAAGAUAGCAGCAUCAGAAGUUGGGCUUGGAGCCGGAGCUUCCACGGUGGCAGCCAUUGCUUGUCCUACAGCUGAGAAAGCCACCGCAAUGACCAUGAAAACAACCAUCAUCUUCAUUGACUCCAUUACUUCUUCUUUUGAAUGGUAUUCAGUAGGCUUGUGCCCUACUCCUUUGCAUACUAAGCAAUGCAUGUCAGUCAGGAUUAGGGCAAGAAGCUGGUCAUGA